AUGUGGGUUUGUUUAUAAGAACAAGCAGUCUACUGCCUGGAUGAUCACGUGACUGACUUCUUGCCUCGUACCAUCCCCCGUCCUUCUGGGUGCCUGGAGUGGAAGGAUCUUCCUAAGACAGGCAAGACCGAAGUUUGAGGUAGACGAGCAGGCGAGCCGUUUGCCCGGGCGCAGAGCAUGAAGGCCGGGCGGCGCGGGGAGCAGGCGCCCGCCGCCCGGCGCGGGGUGAGCGAGAGAGAGCGGAGCGCGUGUGGCCGGCGCCGCUCGGCCUGGAGCUCCCGCGCCCGCGCCCGCGCCCUGCGCCCGCCGCCGCCGCCGCCGCCGCCGCCGCCGCCGCCCCUGGUGCGAUGGCGCAGAAACCCCGUUGACAAGGCACUGCUUUUUUCAUGACGUUGUCAUGGAUGAUGACGAUGACUCCUGUCUCCUCGAUCUUAUUGGAGACCCACAAGCAUUGAACUAUUUUCUGCACGGACCUAGCAGUAAAUCGAGCGGCGAUGACGUGACGAACGCAGGGUAUUCUGCAGCCAAUUCUAAUUCAAUUUUCGCCAACUCCACGAACGCUGACCCUAAGUCGUCCCUCAAAGGUGUAAGUAACCAGCUCGGAGAAGGGCCCAGUGACGGGCUGCCGCUUGCAAGCAGCCUUCAGUUUCUUGAAGAUGAACUUGAGUCUUCUCCUCUCCCUGAUCUCAGUGAGGACCAACCCUUUGACAUUCUUCAGAAAUCCUUGCAAGAGGCUAAUAUCACUGAACAGACGCUGGCAGAAGAGGCGUAUCUGGAUGCCAGUAUAGGCUCGAGCCAACAGUUUGCACAAGCCCAGCUUCAUCCUUCUUCAUCAGCAUCCUUUACUCAGGCUUCUAAUGUUUCUAAUUACUCAGGUCAGACACUGCAGCCUAUUGGGGUGACUCACGUGCCUGUCGGAGCAUCGUUUGCAAGCAAUACAGUGGGUGUACAGCAUGGCUUUAUGCAACACGUGGGGAUCAGUGUUCCCAGCCAGCAUUUGCCCAAUAGCAGCCAGAUCAGUGGCUCCGGUCAGAUUCAGUUAAUCGGGUCCUUUGGUAAUCAGCCUUCCAUGAUGACUAUUAAUAACCUAGAUGGCUCUCAAAUCAUAUUGAAAGGCAGUGGGCAGCAAGCCCCGUCCAGUGUGAGUGGGGGGCUUCUGGUUCACAGACAGACUCCUAACGGCAACUCUUUGUUUGGGAACCCCACUUCCAGCCCCGGAGCACAGCCUGUCACCGUCCCAUUUAACAGCACAAAUUUUCAAGCAUCUCUACCUGUGCAUAACAUCAUUAUUCAAAGGGGUCUCGCACCAAAUUCAAAUAAAGUCCCAAUUAAUAUCCAGCCAAAGCCGAUCCAGAUGGGUCAGCAGAGUACAUACAAUGUGAACAGCCUUGGACUCCAGCAGCACCACGUCCAGCAAGGGAUCUCCUUCGCCUCUGCAAGCUCGCCCCAGGGCUCCGUGGUUGGUCCACACAUGUCUGUGAACAUUGUCAACCAACAGAACACGAGGAAGCCUGUCACCUCCCAGGCGGUGAGCAGCGCAGGGGGCAGCAUUGUUAUUCACUCCCCCAUGGGCCAGCCUCACACGCCCCAGAGUCAGUUCCUUAUACCCACAAGCCUUUCUGUCAGCUCCAACUCGGUCCACCAUGUCCAGACUAUAAAUGGGCAACUUGUUCAGACUCAGCCCUCCCAGCUCAUCUCUGGCCAAGUGGCCUCAGAGCAUGUCAUGUUGAAUAGGAAUUCUUCUAACAUGCUCAGGACCAACCAACCAUAUGCCGGACAGAUGCUCAACAACCAGAGUGCCGCUGUCCAGCUGGUGUCUGGGCAGACUUUUGCCACCUCUGGAAGCCCAGUGAUCGUCAACCACGCCUCUCCUCAGAUCGUGGGAGGACAGAUGCCCUUGCAGCAGGCCUCACCAACUGUGCUACACCUGUCGCCUGGGCAGAGCAGUGUUUCCCAAGGAAGGCCAGGCUUCGCCACCAUGGCCUCGGUGAGCAGCAUGUCAGGACCUGCUCGGUUCCCCGCCGUCAGCUCAGCUAGUACUGCCCACCCUACUCUUGGGCCUGCAGUACAGUCUGGGGCAUCAGGAUCAAACUUUACGGGAGACCAGCUGACACAGGCAAACAGAACUCCGGUACCCGUCAGUGUGUCCCACCGUCUUCCAGUCUCUGCUUCCAAAUCUCCCAGCACCUUGAGCAGCACCCCGGGGACUCAGCAGCAGUUCUUCUGUCAGGCUCAGAAGAAGUGUUUGAACCAGACCGCCCCCAUUCCCACGUCCAAGACCACAGACAGCCUGCGGCAACCACAGAUCCCUGGGCUCUUGAGCACAGCACUGCCAGGACAGGAUUCUGGAAGCAAAAUUAUGCCAGCACCCUUGGGGACCACACAGCCACAGCAGGAAAACUCAGUUGGAUCUUCCCCGAGCCAGACAGCCGUGCAGGUGGACAGUCAUUCAGGACAGAAGAGGCCUGCUGCCAAACAGCUGACUAAAGGAGCUUUCAUCCUCCAGCAGUUACAGAGGGACCAAGCCCAUGCUGUGACACCCGACAAAAGCCAGUUCCGAUCACUGACUGACACAGUGCAGAGACUGCUCUCCUACCAUGUGUGCCAGGGCUCCAUGCCCACGGAGGAAGACCUGAGCAAAGUGGACAGUGAAUUUGAAGAAGUCGCCACUCAGCUCCUCAAAAGGACCCACGCUAUGCUGAACAAAUACAGAUCCCUGCUCCUCGAAGACGCCAUGAGGAUCAACCCCUCUGCAGAGAUGGUGAUGAUUGAUAGGAUGUUCAACCAGGAGGAAAGAGCUUCCCUGUCACGGGACAAGCGUCUGGCGCUCGUAGAUCCUGAGGGUUUUCAGGCCGAUUUCUGUUGUUCCUUUAAACUUGACGAAGCUGCACCUGAGACACCGCUUGACAGGAGUGACCAGCAUCGCAGCAAAACCAGCUCGCUCCAUCAGGCGCCCAGGGCCCAAAGCAGAGACCGAGCCAAGCCAGGCGUGGCAGAAGCAACGAAUCAUGACCAGUUUCAUCUAGUGCCUAACCACAUAGUGGUCUCUGCAGAGGGAAACAUUUCUAAAAAGUCAGAAGGCCACAGUAGAACACUGAAAUUUGACAAAGGGGUCUUAGGCCAAUACCGGGGUCCGCCUGAGGACAAGGGCGGCCGGAGGGACCCUGCCAAGGCCAGCGGGUGCUCUCCAGGCCCUGAGGGCCACCGCAAAACUUUGCCCAGGCCAGAUCAUGGCUCUGAGAGCAAGCUCCCGGGUAUCCUCGCCAGCUCGCACAUGGAGAUGCCGUGCCUCGACUCCUUCCAGGACAAAGCCCUGAGGAAUUCCCCAAAGAAUGAGGUUUUACACACAGACAUCAUGAAAGGGUCGGGUGAACCCCAGCCAGAUCUCCAGCUCACCAAGAGCCUAGAGAAAACCUUUAAGAACAUCCUGGAACUCAAGAAUGCGGGGCGGCCGCAGAACGACCCAGCGGCCAGCGGCACGGUGGACCUGGACUUCCCCAGCUUUUCUCCAAUGGCUUCGCAGGAAAACUGCCUGGAAAAGUUCAUCCCGGACCACAGCGAAGGCGUUGUAGAAACGGACUCCAUUUUAGAAGCAGCUGUAAAUAGUAUCCUAGAGUGUUAAUAGCAGCCGUCCUCCCCCAGACCCUGCCCUGGACCAGUUACAUUCUCUCCCAGCAAAGCAAAUGGAAACGUCUCCUGUCCCCAGCCUGCUUGGUCCUCCGUCACAGGUUAUCUUUCUAAUCUCCACCCUGUUCUUUUGAAGAGCAAUACAUGUCUUCGUGGCUGCAGAGAGACCCUCAGUAAACCCCUCUCUAGAAAGCAGUCCGAUAGGCCCUCCACAUUUCACGUGUCAUGGAAGUCUUAUGGCCAUUGUUGUUGGUUAAUUUGUUUUGUGGUUUGUUUCUUAGCACUGUCACUCGAGACCACAGUACACUUGGCCCUGGGUAACAUUUUGACAAUCAUAAGUCAUUUCAAAAGAACAGACUUAUUAAAGAAAAAUCAAACAGGACUGAUAGAAGCCACUUUUUUAAAGACUCUCUCACUGCAGCUCCAAAGUAGUGGUUUGCUUUUGUUCUGUUUUGGGGGAGAGGGUAUUUGCGUAGGGAAGACCCCAUGACUCUCCUCCAUGCUCGGCCCUCUGAGCAGUGACAGCCAGUGCUCUGCCUGGAACCCCACAGGCCUGGCCUAAGACGCCAGUAGCACAGCGCAGAGCACCCUCAGACUGCCAGUGCUGUGUGACGCUGCUGAAGCAAAGCCUUUUGGGUUUGUUGGUUUUUUUUUUUUUUUUAAGCAUAUUCAUGUUGAAUUCUGUCUGCGAAUGUUCUGUUCUUAACCCCAGGUGUAUGCCUUGAAAUUCUCACGAGCUCAGUAGGGAGCAAUGGGAGCCAGUUCUGAGGCAGCGAGCUGGGGAGGCUGCUGGAGCCCCCGGGGUCUUGGUGCGUGCAGCUUAAAGAGUUUUGCGUUUUAUAACCGGGUAAAGUCAACGUAACCUAUGUUCUUUAGUCGCUGACUUCGUUCCAUUUAGCCCCUGUGUCUCCUCUCCCUCAGCCCACAGCCAAGCAUCAAAAGGCUUUCAGCUUGAAAACGGCACUGUGCUCUCUCAGUUGACGCCUUUGAAGGGUCCGCUGGCCCUGUUUGUGAGAAUAGUAGUCAGCAGUGUGUCAUUCAUUCCCAACACAGUAAACCAAAGGUCACAACCAGCAGGCCACUAAAGGAAGGAACUGAGGCAGGAGACGGGCAUGUCUGGCCCCGCCUCGCCGUGGGUGCUCCGCGCUCACCCGUGGAGCCUUCCUCUUUUUUAUUUAUGUUCUUUGCGGGGAGCGUUCCCCUGUUUUCCGCUCCUGUGGGCCUGUACCAGGCAUGAUGCUUCUGUUGCUACUGGCUCUCUUCCUGCCAUAGUAACAGGUCAUGGUGCUGCUGUUUGCUGCCUCCCCACCACCUCCACCCCAGCCGCCCGCGGGGGAUCGGAGGUCGUUUUGGUUACUGUGAGGGCUCGUUCCCUCCGGCCAUCCCUCUGGCUGUGUAAAUGUACCCGUUGAUUUCUGCUUCGUCAUCCCCCAACGCAGUUGUCCCUUCGGUCAUCAUGUGGAGUGUUUCUUUUCCAGAUUGGCCUGCAGUGGAAAGGAAGGCUUUUGAUUUUGACUUUGAUCUUUUUUUCAAAUAACACAGCAGCAAUCUAGGCAUGUUGGCAUACACCUGUAAUCCCAGCAGUCAGGUGACUGAAGCAGGAGAGUCACAGGUUCAAGGCCAAACAAGAAGAAAAAGCUGAGAAAUAGCAGAGUGUGUGGACCUUUUCUACCCCUCUGUCCACUACAUAGACAAACUCUGCGAGACAGACAGACAGCCUUUGAGAGCAAUGUACCUUCUCCCACCCACAACCCAGCCAACCGAAACAGAAAACUCUGGGCUGUCGUAGAGUUGCCCUUUUCUUCCUUCUCUGUGCCAAUAUCCAAGUUGCUGACUUCCUUCCUGUAUUGUAACACAUUAGAAAGAUGAGUUAUGUGCCAGUUAGGACUCUGUCUGGGCUGCCCUGGGCUCCCAGCCUGCCCUGCUCUCUCUGGCGUCACAGGCUCUUCGCGUAGCCUCAUGGCCGCCUGCACACGGCUAGUGAUGAAUUACUUUAAUUAUUGCAAAUCAGUGGAAUUCUUAAGAAGUCUCGUGUAUGUUCCUUACCUCUUCCCUCCCGCUCCAGCCCCAGCUUUCUUUCCUGUCUGUCAAAUCACAGGGCUUCUCAUCCCUGACAUUGGUCCCACACACCGAGAGCCUACCGUACCAAAAUGAAACUUGUAAAUUUUUGUGUCCUUGUAUGUAAGUUUACUUUCUUUGGAGGAAAGACUCUAGAUAAUGACAAAUGAAGAUUACAAAGUGUAUUUUACUCCUGUGAUCAGGUUACACCACAUGGGUCAUAACUCACUCACGAGCCCCCGCUGGUGAAGGGAAAUGCUCUGCCUCAGUGGCCAACGGUUGGUGGUUCAGGGUCAUUAGUCAGUUGAGUUUUAGAACGCGUGCUCAGUAACAAAAAUCAUUUUUCCUUCCCUUUGUUUUUAAUCUGUUUGUUGUUGUGGAAAAGUAUGAAUUUGUUAUUACGCAUUGAUUUUCUGUGUCCUUAAGUACUGCCUAAAGAUGAAGCAAAUUUUGAAGUGGCAAUUACUAUAAGGAAAUCCUUUAGCUCUGGAGAAUUUAGUGGGCUCUGUUAGAUUGGGAGGCCUCACAGGCUGGCCGGCUCCGAGGACGGUCACUCACUGUCAGUGUGGUGUGGGCUUUAUUUGCUUAAAUACCUUCAUUUGUAUAGUAUGUCUCACUUGAAAUUGCUUUGUAUACAUUUUGUAAAAAUAUUUAUAAAAUGUUUUGUAAAAAAAAAAGUAUAAGAAAUUGCAGUUUAUUUUGUUAUGUUGGAUAAAUACUGUUAAACCAGUCAGUACCUAUAUUGUUAAUCCAUGGUUAGGAAAUGUUCAGUUGGAGAUUACAGAAUGAAACAACCAUUGCAAUACAGCCAAAGAUUUGGGAAAAUGUAA